GGAGGAGAAUCCGGCAGUGGCUGGAAUGAUGGCUGAUGAAGAGGAAGAAGCGAAGCGCGUCUUGCAGAAAUUGCAGGAACUGGUGGAUCAACUCUACUCAUUUCGAGACAGCUACUUUGAGACACACAGUGUUGAGGAUGCAGGGCGGAAGCAGCAGGAUGUGCGGGACGAGAUGGAGAAGACCCUGCAACAGAUGGAGGAAGUACUGGGUUCUGUCCAGGGUGAGGCACAGGCUCUCAUGCUGAGGGGGAAGGCCCUGAAUGUGACUCCCGAGUAUAGCCCGAAGGCUGAGGCGCUUCUGUCAAAGGCUGUGAAGCUGGAGCCUGAGCUGGUGGAAGCCUGGAACCAGCUGGGUGAGGUGUACUGGAAGAAAGGGGACAUUGCGGCUGCCCACACCUGCUUCUCAGGAGCCCUCACCCAUUGCAAGAACAAGGUCUCCCUGCAAAACCUGUCCAUGGUGCUUCGCCAGUUGCAGACUGACUCCGGAGAUGAACAUUCUCGUCAUGUCAUGGACAGUGUCCGACAGGCUAAGUUGGCAGUGCAGAUGGAUGUCCUUGAUGGCCGCUCCUGGUAUAUCCUGGGGAAUGCGUAUCUCUCUCUUUAUUUCAAUACUGGCCAGAACCCUAAGAUCUCCCAGCAAGCCCUCAGUGCCUAUGCCCAAGCAGAGAAGGUCGACAGGAAAGCUUCUAGCAAUCCCGACCUUCAUCUGAACAGGGCGACGUUACAUAAAUAUGAAGAGAGUUAUGGGGAGGCCCUAGAGGGUUUCUCUCAGGCGGCAGCACUGGACCCUGCGUGGCCAGAGCCCCGGCAGCGAGAGCAACAACUCCUGGAAUUCCUCACUAGGCUAUCCAGCCUCCUGGAGAGCAAGGGGAAGACAAAACCCAAAAAACUUCAGAGCAUGCUGGGAAGCUUGCGUCCAGCCCAUCUGGGCCCUUGUGGCGACGGGCGCUAUCAGUCAGCCUCUGGGCAGAAGGUGACCUUGGAGCUCAAGCCACUGAGCACGCUGCAGCCUGGUGUGAACAGUGGUGCUGUGGUCCUGGGAAAGGUGGUGUUCAGCCUAACCACAGAGGAGAAAGUCCCCUUCACCUUUGGCUUGGUGGAUUCAGAUGGUCCUUGCUAUGCAGUGAUGGUGUAUAAUGUGGUGCAGAGCUGGGGAGUGCUCAUUGGGGACUCUGUAGCCAUUCCUGAGCCCAACCUUCGGCAUCACCAAAUUCAGCACAAGGGAAAGGAAUAUUCCUUCUCCAGUGUGCGAGUGGAGACGCCUCUGCUCCUGGUGGUGAAUGGAAAGCCACAGAACUCCAACAGCCAAGCCACUGCCACCGUGGCUUCCAGGCCACAGUGUGAAUGACCUGGCGGAGGAGUGGAGGCCCAGAGAGAAGCUCACCGGGGUGUUGUGAAUGGAGAGUUCUCUUCCUCUGCCCUGUAACAUAGUUGGAGGCUCUUUUCCCUGUGGUAUCCCAGCCAUCAGCAGAGCCGUCACUACCCUGGUUUAGUCCUCCUGCCUCCUCAAAUGUGCUGACUGAGAGGGAGGACAGAGCACUCAGAACUGUUGGGACCCUGUUAUGGGAGACUCUUUCCCCAACUUUGGAGAUGUUUUGACAGUCCCAAGAUCCCUGUUGUUGCCUCCUUCCUGAGUCUAAUAUGUAUGUAUAUAUCUGUUUACUAUUUAUUGCUGAGGGGCUUAACUUUUCUAUCAUUUUUGAACAUUUUUUUUUUUUUUUUUAAUUUUUAGAUUUAAAUUCUGAUGGGUGUGGUGGGACACCUUUAAUCCCAACACUUAGGAGGCAGAGGAAGGUAGGUCUCUAUGAGUUCGAGGCUAGCCUGAUCCUAAAUAGUGAGUUCCAGGCUGGCCAGGGCUACAUUAGUGAGACCCUGUUUCAAAAGAAAAAAAAAAAAAAGAAAAAGUUCUUCCUCUUCCUUAGUGCUGGAACAAAAUUAAAUUUGUUUGGAAAAAACUUACCCUAUAGUUUUGUCUCCUUAUUCUCUCCUGUUAUAAGGGUUCUUGGUUUUAAGAUCUCUAAAGUCUGUUGGAAUGACACUGCUCUCUUUGAGUAUUAUACAAAAUAGUUUAUCUGCAAUUGCAGGCCGUAGAGAGCCGCUGGUGCUGGGAACUGAACUCAGAUCUUCUGUGGGAGCAGUUUGUAUUCUUAACUGCUGAACCAACUAUCCAGGCCUAAACUUUUACUUAUUUUGUGUGUGUGACAUACAUGCAGCUGUUCACGCAGGUCUACAUCCCCGUGUGCAUGAGUGAGGAGGCCAGAGAAGGGUGUGGGUGCCUUCCUCUGCCUUGUUGCCGUGAGCUAGUGUCUCUCACGGAACCAGAAGCCAGCUGUGUUGGCUGUCUGGCCAUCAAGCUCUUCAGAUCUGCCUGUGUCUACCCUCCAGUACUGGAGUUCCAGGCACGUGCAUCUGUGCUGGGCUUUUUACAUGGGCACUGGAGAUUUGAACACAGGUCCUCAUGCUUGAGAGCAAGCUUUCCUAGCCACUAAGCCAUCUUCUUGGCACUCCUCUGCCUCCCUCCCUCCCUCCCUC